CCUUUUCCUCCUUUCUUUAAUCUAACCACUGUGUCCAUUUUUCACUCCUAAAGCUGCCAUACCCAGAGACAGAGAGAGAGAGAGAGAGAGAGAGAGAGGGAGGUGUUUCUCCUUUCUUUAGUCGACGACUCGGGUAAAGGGAGCUCCUUUUGGUGCGUGUCUUGUUUGUCGCUCGCAUUUUGCAGGGCUCCGGAAGACUACAAGCGCUCCCUUUUCCUUUCCCCCUCCCUCCCUUCCCCUUUUCUCUGUUCUGGGUCUCGAUCAGAUUCGGGCCACUGAAGCUCCGGCGCUUCCUCGAUCUGAGUUCUUGGGUCGGUCUUGGGUCGCUCGACCGCGGGACGCCGAGUGUCGAUUCGUUCUAUGAGUCUGGUAGUCUGAAAUGGACGGAGUCGCCGAACGCCAAGCCCCGAAUGCCGAACGGCGCCUCCGCGCCCAUGCUCCGCUGGUUGAUUCUGUAUCAUGCUAUUGCAGAGUCGAUUCCAGCUUAAAAACAGUUGUUGGCGCAAGGAAGUUUGUCCCAGGCUCCAAGAUUUGCAUACAGCCUGACAUCAACCCUAAUGCACACAGAACCAAGAACUCGCGCAGGGAGAGGACCCGAGUGCAGCCCCCACUCUUACCAGGCCUUCCUGAUGAUCUUGCAAUUCUUUGUCUGAUUCGAGUCCCUCGCAUCGAGCAUAUAAAGCUCCGCCACGUUUGCCAAAGAUGGAAGAACGUUGUCAGAAGCAGUUAUUUUUACAACCUGAGAAAGAGUCUUGGACUGGCAGAGGAAUGGGUAUAUGUAAUGAAACGAGAUCGUGAUGGAAGGAUCUCGUGGCAUGCUUUUGACCCUACAUAUCAGCUCUGGCAGCCACUUCCUCCUGUUCCAAGUGAGUAUUCUGAAGCUGUUGGCUUUGGCUGUGCAGUGCUGAGUGGUCACCGCCUGUACUUAUUUGGAGGAAAAGAUCCGCUUAGGGGCUCUAUGAGACGGGUUGUCUUUUACAAUGCUUGGACAAACAGAUGGCAAAAGGCACCGGAGAUGCUCAGGAAACGCCACUUCUUUGGCUUUUGUGUUAUAAACAACUGUCUCUAUGUGGCUGGUGGCGAGUGUGAGGGAACACAAAGGACUCUCCGUUCUGGUGAAGUAUUUGACCCCAACAAACGCCGGUGGAGCCCUAUCACAGAUAUGAGUACAGCUAUGGUGCCUUUUAUUGGAGUUGUCUACGAUGGAAAAUGGUUCUUGAAAGGACUCGGGUCUCAUCAGGAAGUGAUGAGCGAAGCCUAUGUUCCUGAAACUAACACAUGGACCGCAGUUAGUGAUGGGAUGAUCGCAGGUUGGCGCAACCCGAGCAUCUCUUUAAAUGGACAGCUCUAUGCUUUAGAUUGUCGUGACGGUUGCAAGCUUAGGGUUUAUGAUAGAGACACCGAUUCAUGGAGCAGAUUUAUAGAUAGCAAGCUCCAUCUAGGAAGCUCCCGAGCUCUGGAGGCUGCGGCUCUUGUUCCACUGAAUGGGAAGCUGUGCAUCAUACGCAACAACAUGAGCAUCAGUCUGGUCGAUGUUUCAAGUCCUGAUAAGCACGUGGAGACGAACCCUCAGCUUUGGGAAAAUAUUGCCACCAAAGGUCAUUUCCGGACACUUGUCACUAAUCUAUGGUCAAGUAUUGCUGGCCGGAGCGGUUUAAAGAGUCAUAUUGUGCAUUGCCAGGUUCUUCAAGCCUAAGAACCAGCGUUCUUGUUCAUUAAACUCUCUAGAAUUUUGUUCAGAUCAUUAUGCCUGUGUUUCCCUCAAGAAUUUGGGCCGCCUGUGAAUAUGCCGUAGUUGCAGUUUAUGGAGAGAAUCUGCAGCAAUUGGUCAUUGGAUAAAAUGAUGAGCGAAGAGUUGAGAAUGUAAAAUCGAUGGUUUGGAAGACUCAAAUCAACAGAUCGAUUCACUGGAGGCACCGUAUUCCAAAAUGUACUCUGCCUUUCAUGCAAUAUAAUUGUAAUGACAAGGUACAUUGUCAGUUUUAGCAACAGAACUUGAUGUCAUUCAUUUAUAUUCAUCAUGAGAGGAGGUAAUUAUAGACCAGGACAUGCGGCUACAGGGCUGUGCGCCUUUUGUUGUUUGAUUAUUUCGGUAGUAUGAUUUUCGUAAUGUUUGUGAAUAUACAUAUUUUCACAUUUAGAAUGUAUAUACUUAAUUUGUGUUGGCAGUGA